CUGGCUCUCCCUCAAUGCGUGGCUCUUCUGGAAAACCUUCCUGCUCUAUUACCGAGGGCUGCAGUAUUAUUAUUUGCAUCAGAUGUUAGGGCUAGGAUUGUGUGUUAGCAGAGCUUCAGCAUCUGUCCUCAAUCUCAACUGCUGCCUGGUCCUUCUACCCAUGUGCCGUGUUCUCCUGGCCUUCCUGCGAGGAUCUCAGAAGGUUGCCAGCAGGAAAACCAGAAGGCUGCUGGAUAAGAGCAAAACUUUCCACGUGACGUGUGGCGUUAUGAUAUGCAUCUUUUCAGUCUUGCAUGUGGCUGCUCAUCUGGUGAACGCCCUUAACUUCUCGGAGAACUACAACGAAGACUUUCUGUCAAUAAAUGCAGCGAACUAUCGCGGUGAGGACCCAAGGAAGCUGCUUUUUGCUACUGUUCCAGGUCUGACUGGAGUCAUUAUGGUGUUGGUAUUAUUCCUAAUGUGUACAGCUUCUACAUAUGCCAUCAGGGUUUCAAACUAUGACAUCUUCUGGUAUACACACAACCUUUUCUUUGUCUUCUAUAUGCUGCUGAUGCUGCAUGUUUCUGGGGGGGUACUGAAGUACCAGACCAACUUAGAGGAACACCCUCCUGGUUGCUUUAAUCCGAACAAAACGCUCCGGCAAAAUUUGAUGGUGCUGAAGGCUUCUGAAGAGCUGUUUCCUGCCUAUACUAUGGAGCCUUUCCCAGAGGACUUAACACUACCAGAACCCUUUGUUCAAAAUAACUUUAUGAGAAUUUGUUCUGAGGAACCCAAGUUCCAGUCACACUUCCCAGAGGUCUGUAUGAUCCGACGUUUCAG